AAUGAAGUGUAAAUAUGGUGCACCUUCAGCCACCUUUACAGAAAAACAGAGAAUAGAAUAUAAUAGAAAUAAGACAAAAUAUUGCCCACAGAUAACAAAAAAAAAUAUAUAUAUAGAUGAUAGACCUGUCUAGAUUUAACAUAACGUUGUCAAAUACAUAAAAUGUAGCAUAGAACAGGAUAGAGAUAAGUAAAGAUAACGUCUACAGGUACCAAUGUAAACAUAGAAGAAACACAAGAAACAUAACCUAAGAUAAUUUUUUCAACUGCAAAGCUAAUAUUUGAUUAGGUUAGGCUGUUACAUUCAAAGAUGCUGUAAAGUCUAAUACGAGAGGAUCCUCCCCCCUUUAAUUUUAUAUUUACAUUAAUAACUGAACUUGUUCAAAGUGUGAACUGUAGUUUUCACUUCUGUCUUCCUUGUGUUUAUGUGUGCUUUGCGUUUUAUCCUGUCUGUGUUUCAUUGCUGGUCCACCUGAGUAGGCUAUAUUGAUGCAUGCAGGCCUACAUCAUGCUGACCGACUACUUGUUUUCCAGUUAUUGAUGAAUAUUUAUGCAUAUUGCCUUAGCCAGUAUUAUUAUUUUUUAUUCAGUAGGCUUCAAUUCCUCCAUUGAAGCCCAUCUUCCAACCACUAUGAGUGGGCUAACACCUUAUUAAUACUUUCCUUCUCUUGGCAUUUGGAUGAUGAGCGACCACCUUAUUGCUUUCACAUGGCCACGCCCAGUUCCGUUUGAUGCAUCGCCUCUUCUGCACUCCCACUGUCCAACUCACAGUCUGCGCAGGCCAUCAGCUCGGCAGCACGUCCCAGCGCAACAGAUUCUUGCAUUUGACAUAACUCUGAUUCUGCAACGUGCGUAGCCGAAGCCCUAAACAGUUUCCCCAGUGAGCAUGAACCUCAGUCUUCCCGACCAGAACAUGCACAACUCCAGUGAAGGCUGCCUAGAGGACGACAAACCUGAUGUCAUGUUGCCAUGCUUCCGCAGAAGCAUAUAUGACGAGCCUCUGGCCUCAUACACCAAUGGAUCCAUUAUCUCUCAGCUCCUUCGCAAGACAAUCCAGAGCAAGAGGGCACUAGAUGAAAGCCAUUUCUACCUUUCCAACUCUACUGCCGCUGACUCCGGCCAGGAGGACCAGAGCAGCGUCUCCUCAAAGGACAGCACGGUGGAAGCUGCCUCUCCUAGUGGGCACCUUUCUACAGGAGCCAUCCCGGAGGGGGAGCAUCCCAUGACUGACCACCUGCAGGCCAAGAGGGCCAGAGUAGAAAACAUUAUCAGGGUCAUGGCCGGCUCUCCCAACAGCCAGCAGCAUGGAGACAGUGAGAGGUCUGACACAGAUGCCAGAGACACCAGAGAAUCAUACAGGGAGAACAAACGUAAACAGAGGCUGCCUCAGCAUCAGGAACACAGUGUUGGAGUGGCAAACAGAAGACCUGGAAUCAGCAAUAGUGAUACCUGCAACACCAAGGAUGAGGAGUGUCACAAGCUGAAAGAGCAGCUCCACAGCAUGCAACGGCUCCUGCGUCAGCUCCAGGAAAAGUUUCUUCUAGUUUACAACCAGGAAAACCCUGAACACAAUGACAGAGACGAGACAGAAGUGGCUGUUGAGCAUGACAUACUGGGAGAAAGCACAGAGUCACGCUACGUAAGCAGUGAAGGUGAUUUUGAGAGGAAAAAUAGCAGAGUGACUGCAGAGUGUAAGGACCAAAUGAAAGUCGUUGGUUAUCUGGUGCACCACAGAGAGAGCCAGAACUUACAGGAAACCCUGAAGCAGGAGCUUUCAAGAGCUGUGAAUGACUGUGUAGACAGGGUGUUCAAAAAGCUGUCCUCCACGGGGCUGGACAUGUCCCCUCAGCAGCGCAUGUGCUCAACCCCAGAGAUGCAGAUCAGCAUGGGUGCAGACAGGAAGAGCCAGCAUGCCCGCUCCAGCCAGGAACAGCCCCAGGCUGAGGAGGCUGCAGUGAAACCCCGCUCUUUGGAGUUUUAUGAAAGCAUUGAGGCUCAAAGCCCACAGGACCAGACAGAGGCACUAUCGCUGGUGGUCCGCAAGCCUGCAGUGACCCCUCUGAGCUCAGUCACCCCAACGGUGAAGAGGCCCUAUCCUGUACACCAGACACCAUUUCAGUUCAGUUACAACACCCCUCUACACGACAGUCAGAUCCUAGAGCAUCUUCUUAAGUACGGACCCCAUUCCAACUUUGGAGGUCUCCCUUGCAUGCCCCCAUCAAUGGACAGGACCUCCCCAGACUCAGUGGACCUGCCCUGGGACACCAUCGCCAUGAGGUCCAAGGUGACAUCCAGCCACCUUGGCCACCACCCUCGUCCCUCCGCUCUAGGGGCAGUGACUGUGGACAAUCUGUGUCUCCCCCAUGUCAAGAUUGAGUGCGGAGAACUGCAGAGCUUGGCUGAACGAAACCCCUACAUGUCACUCAACAUCCAGGAGGGUCUCACCCCGAGCCAUCUGAAGAAGGCAAAGCUGAUGUUCUUCUACACCCGCUACCCCAGCUCCAACGUGCUCAAAACCUUCUUCCCUGAUGUGAAGUUCAACCGCUGCAUCACCUCCCAGCUGAUCAAGUGGUUCAGUAACUUCAGAGAGUUCUACUACAUCCAGAUGGAGAAGUUUGCCCGCCAGGCCAUUGUUGACGGCAUCAAUGAUGUCAAAGACAUUACAGUUAGCAGGGACUCAGAGCUGUUCCGGGCACUGAACAUGCACUACAAUAAAGCCAAUGACUUCCACGUUCCAGACAGAUUCCUGGAGGUUGCUGAAAUCACCUUGCACGAGUUUUACAACGCCGUUUCUGCAGCAAAAGAUUCAGACCCCUCUUGGAAAAAGGCCAUAUACAAGGUGAUCUGUAAACUGGACAGUGACGUCCCUGAGGAGUUCAAGACAUCUUCCUGUUUAUAGGCCAAAGUGGAAAGUUAUAACAGUGAAGGAGUUGAAGUUAGUCACUUGACAGUAUUAUUUCUUCCUCUCUUGUAGUGCAUUUUAGUGAUGUGAAAUGUAGAUGUUGGAUAAUUAAUAAUUUUGUAGAUCUGCAAAAAACAACAAAAAAAACCCACCGUUUGAAAUUUGAAACUAUCUAUAGUCUAAAAUGUUGUAUGUUUUCUAUUUCUACCAACAAGCAAUUAUUGGAAAAUAUGAAUGCUCUUCUGGGUAAUUCUGUUUAGUGUUUAAUCUGCCUCAACACAUUUAGAGAGUUACUGCGUUUGUAGGUGUGUAAAAAUGUUUAAAAAGUGUAAUCAUUCUUUUCGACAUUAUUAAACUAUAGUGUAGCCUGAUUUAGUUAAACUGAAAGUUCUUUUUGGCAAUUACCAUCAGUAUUACUUUGCAUUUAAUUCCAUUUCAUUUCAUAGCUGUGUGUAUUGUGUAAAUGUAACUGCGCUGCUGUUGUAUGUUGCAUAAUGUUCUAUAAUUAUGUUGUAAACUAUUAGCUUGACAGAAUGCGCAUGUGAAAAAUAACACAGUGUAACAAAUUUUGGUAAUGGAUGGAUAGUAAAUGUUAUUUCCUAAUUGCUUAUGCCUCAAAAGUAUAGAAAAUGGCUUUUAUUCCUGACAAACUUUGCUUUUGUGACCAUGACAGUGAUAUUUUGAAAUGUACCUAUUUCCAAUGAGAAAACGGGCAAAUUUGUGUCUUUUUGUUUACAUAAAAUCAGAAAAAAAUAAGUAUUCAUCCAAAUUAACAUGUAUUUAUGGCUUUAUUCUUUGCCUCAGACAGCUUGGGGAGGAGGUACUUGAAGGCUACCGGCUCCUUAUCUAGAUAUCUGACCAAUUGUUUCAUAGGCCCAAUUUGAUGUGCAGUGGCGGCCUCAGCCUCUUCUGGGGGUUCACCGGUGGCUCCUACUUGAUGUUGUUCUUACCCACAGAGAACUCAGUCCACUUUGGCCAGUCCCACCUGUGGUGGUGUUCCUUGGUGUCCCUGCUGUCCCAAACGCCCAAAAGAUAGCAGGGAAACUUGGCAAAACCACCUUGGAGACCCAUCAGGAAGGCCCAAAUGGUGGCCUUCCUGAUGGGUCUCCAUAUCGUGGAUCAUCAUAUCAAUAGCUGUCCAGCAAUAAGUGUCCAGCAAGGUCUUGAUACUGAUCCUCAUUGAGGUGCACCAAGUGAGCAGAGGAAGACGGGUACUUGUUACCAUUAUGGAGCAGCACAAAUUUGCUCUCAGUGUAAGAUGUUCAAAUGCAUGUUAAUUUGAAUUCAUAUUUUGUUACUUGUUGUUGAUAGUUUAUAUGAAUGAAAAUACACACAUUUACACGUUUUCUCAGUGGAAAUAGGUACAUUUCAAAAUAUCACUGUCCUGGUCAUGAAAUAAAAGUUUGUGUGAAAUAAUAGCCAUUUUCUAUACGCAUGCAUGAGAAAUUAGGAAAUAACAAUUACUACCCAGGAACAAAAAUUGUGUUAUAUAGUGUAAUGCAAGUGAGUGUCAUGGGUUUUAUUAUCAUGUAUAAAGGUCAUGUAAAGUACAAUCAUUUUCAGAUAUUUCAGUCAGAGACAUUGUACUGGAUGAUAAUUGAAAUUAAAGAUGCACUA